AACAGAAAACAUGCACUUCACAAAGUUGCAUUCGCGGCUGGAUUACGAGCACAGUUAUUCGGGCGUGUACGCGGACGCUCUUUGGCCAUGAUUUUAAACACGAAAAAAUCUUAUAAAAGUAUAAUUAAUGUAUUUAUUCGUCCCUGAGAAAUGUGAAUCUUCUAAAUUAUGUGAAAAUGAAGAACAUGUUGUGAGUUCAAUUGGUUUUAGUGUAAAAUCCGGCAUUCCAAGUAUCCACAGGUGUCAUUGUCAUUUGAAAACUUUUUCAAGAGUUUUAAAGUAUCGUGGUUAUAAUAAAUAACGAGUUAAGUGGUUUAUACUUGGGUUUUAUAUCAUGAAUUGUGAGUUUAAAGUAUUGUGAACAGUUUUUAAGUGAAGUUUUGAACAUGGUAAAGGGUUUCCAAAGAAUGUAUAACAUGGGAGUCCAGGAACGGAAGUCCCACAUUAGAUUUUUUUACUGGUGUUUCGUCGUUUUUAUACUGCCGUUAACAAUAGCAGAAAAUCAACUACAAGCCCCUCGUUUCACAACUUCCUCUUCAAGUAGCAGUAUCAUUAGAUUAGGAACAACGAAAAUUGUGCAAUGUCAGGCAUUUGGUAAUCCGGCACCGCAAUUUAGAUGGAUGAAAGAUGGUACUUUUAUAACAGAACUAUCGACUGAUCCAUUUUACAAGAUAUUUUCUGCGAAAUUGGAAGAUGGUGGUAGUUAUAGGUGUAUAGCAGCUAAUAAAAUUGGUUCAAUUCUUAGCGAAGAAAUUAAAAUUGUGGUUGCGUAUAUGGGUGUUUUUAAAGACCAGAAGGAAAGAUUUAUAAGUGUUAAAGAAGGAGAUGCCGCGAUUCUAGACAUACCGGAAAUUGAAUCGACUCCACAACCAGAUGUAAUAUGGCAGACUGAUGAGGAGAAUACACCGUAUGGACAAAAAUAUGCUUAUUCUACCAAUCAACAAUUGGUAAUAUUAUCUACAGAGCCAUCGGAUCAAAAAGCCUAUAGGGCGCGUGCAAUAAACUCCCAGGAAGGCAAAGAAGAAAACAGUGCAUAUAUAAAAUUAACAGUUGAAGAGACUCACGACAACAAAGAAAUAGCUCCUGAAAUUAUCAUUGGCCCCAAAGAUAUACGUAUAAUCAAAGGAACCUCUCAAACUUCUAUCGAUUGCAUCGCGAACGCCAGACCUCUUUAUGAAUUAGAAACACUUUGGUUUAAAGAUGGAAUACCUAUAGAGAGCACUGGAAUUCAAUAUUCUUUUAAUGACAUCUGGAAUCGAACAUUGAUAUUAACUUCAGUUAAUACAACUUACUCGGGGUCAUACGAAUGUCAGGUUAAUUUAAAAUCAGGAGGAUUUCCUACGGUAGCAGCCUCUGCAAACGUCGAGGUAUUGGAAAAACCUAGGUUUUUAUCUUCUGCUAAACCGGAAACGUUGGGUGAAUAUUCGGCAUCGCUUAGUUUGCCUUGUGACGUUUUGGGUAUACCUAAACCAAAUAUUACAUGGUAUAAGAAUUCCGAAGAGUUGGAUCUUAGUGAUAAAAGAUAUGAAGUGCAAGAAGACAAUUCUUUAUUAAUUAAAAAAUUGUUGAUUAAUGAUAACGGAAUGUAUCAGUGCUUCGCACGGAAUGAAGCUGGUGAAAGCUCUUUAUCAAGUUGGCUCAAAGUUAAAACUUCUCAACCUAUAAUGGAAUUUGGACCUACGAAUAUAACUGUUCUCGAUGGUAAGGACGCAACUCUCACGUGUAGAGCUGUUGGAGCUCCCAUUCCAAACACUACUUGGGUACACAAUGGUGAAAAGGAAGUGGCUACGUCUAGUAGAGUACAGAUUUUAGAUACUGGAGAUUUACUGAUAGCAGCUGUUAAAGAAACAGAUGCUGGCCAGUACACGUGUAUCAGAUCCAACGAAGCUGGCAAAGUUAGGGGAUCAGCUUAUUUACAAGUUUUGGUUCGAACUCAAAUUGUUCAGCCUCCAGUGGAUACCAGAGUUCUGUUGGGCCAAACAGCUACUUUACAAUGCAAAAUUUCUUCAGAUCCAACAGUUCCAUAUCAGUUAGACUGGUUUCGCGAUAAACAGUUAAUAAAUCCCCAUGGGUCUCAACGAAUUCGCAUUUUGAGUGACGGAACCUUAGAAAUAGAGGCUGUCAGAGCAUCUGACGUGGGUUUCUACACUUGCUCAGUACAAUCACCUGGUGGUAAUGAAACCCGAUCAGCGAAAUUAUCAGUAAUAGAAUUGCCAUUCUCUCCUUCAAACGUUAAAGCAGAACGUUUAGAUAAAGGAACGCAGAGGGCAGUAAAUAUAAGCUGGACACCUGGCUUCGACGGAAACAGUCCUAUUAAAAAAUAUAUUAUACAAAAAAGAGAAAUACCUGAGCUUGUUCCACCCAUUGCAGGUCCCAUUCCAGAUCCUUUACUAAAUUGGGUCACUGAGCUAAGUAAUGUAUCUGCAGCUCAAAAAUGGGUGCUACUGACGAAUUUAAAAGCAGCUGCGGUGUACCAAUUUAGAGUCAGUGCUGUGAACAGCGUUGGAGAAGGACCACCGUCUGAUCCUAGUAACCAAGUCAUGUUACCACAAGAAGCGCCUUCCGGUCCUCCAGUUGGUUUCGUUGGAUCAGCAAGAAGCUCUUCGGAAAUAAUAACGCAGUGGCAACCGCCUUUAGAAGAACAUCGAAAUGGUCAAAUUUUGGGAUAUAUAAUCCGUUACAGACUUUACGGAUAUAAGGAAAGUCCAUGGACGAUAAGAAAUAUAACUAACGAGGCCCAAAGAAACUACCUUAUCACCGAUUUAAUAACUUGGAAAGAUUACGUUGUCCAAAUAGCAGCUUAUAACAAUAAAGGCGUUGGGGUUUUUACAGAUGGUGCCAAAAUUAAAACCAAAGAAGGUGUCCCAGAAGCUCCCCCUAUUAUCAAAAAAGUCAAAGCUUUGAAUUCCACGUCGAUUCAGAUAUGGUGGACACCACCAGAUCCACAAAAGAUUAACGGAAUUAACCAAGGUUAUAAAAUUCAAGCUUGGCAAUGGCAUCCUACUAGAGGUAACAUCGAAACUAACAUGAUGACUGUUCACCCCAAUCUACUCGAUCCCUAUGCCGAACAAAAAGCUAUCAUGACUCAUCUCAAUAAAUUCAAAGCAUACAAUAUCACAGUUGUAUGCUUUACUGAUCCCGGAGACGGACAGAUGAGUGAUUAUUAUUAUGUUAAGACAAAAGAAGAUGUUCCUGAUGAAGUGUCCAAUCUUCAGUUUGACGAAAUAAGCGACAGGGCUGUUAAAGUACUUUGGCAACCUCCUAAAAAUAUCAAUGGGAUUUUAAAAGGUUACCAAUUAACUUAUCAAAUCAAAGACGAACCUAGUACCAUCCGAGUGAAAAACUUAACAGCAGACACUUUAAGCAUAAAAGUGAAUGAUUUGCAAGCCACGACACAUUAUCGUUUCGAAGUAUCAGCCUGGACAGCUGUCGGACCGAGUCCCUCUAAGGUCGCUAUAAUUCAAUCAGGAGUAGAACCGGUGUUACCGCAUCCUCCAUCUAAAUUAGCACUGUCAAACAUAGAAGCUUUUUCCGUUGUCUUACAAUUUACACCGGGCUUUGAUGGAAAUUCAUCUAUUACUAAAUGGACCGUUGAGGCUCAGACGUCUAGAAAUAUGACUUGGUUUACAGUUUAUGAAAUAUCAGAUCCUGAUGCUACCACUAUUACUGUCACUGGCUUAGUGCCGUUUACAGUCUACAAAUUGAGAUUAAUUGCCAAUAAUGUUGUUGGAGCUUCUGUGCCGAGUGAGGCUACUAAAGAAUUUCAGACAAUUCAAGCUCCACCUGCUUUUCCACCAAAGAACGUUACUGUUAGAGCAAUGAGUGCAACAGAGCUCAGAGUCAGGUGGAUUCCUUUACAACAAACCGAAUGGUUCGGAAAUCCUAGAGGCUACAACAUAACUUAUACUGAAAUUCGCACUGGUUUCGCACACAGUUCUACUAUUGAAGAUCAUACUGCUAAUUCGCAUAUUAUUAUUGGAUUGGAGGAAUUCGCGUUGUAUGAAGUAAAAAUGCAAGCUUGCAAUGAUGUAGGAUGUUCACCAACAGGUCCUACUGCUCUUGAAAGAACAAGAGAAUCAGUCCCAUCUUUUGGGCCGAUGAAUGUGGAAGCUAACGCAACUUCUUCAACCACCAUAGUAGUAAAAUGGGGUGAUGUUCCAAAAGAACAUCAAAAUGGAUUAAUAGAAGGCUUCAAAGUAUUCUAUGCUGCUGAAAAUAAAUCACCAGUUCAAUAUAAACAAAUUCCUAAUAAUUCUACAUUCACAACUACUCUUACUGAAUUAAAGAAAUUUGUGAUGUAUCAUAUUCAAGUUAGAGCUUAUACAAGACUCGGCGAUGGUGAACCCAGUAAACCAGCUGUUAGAAUUAGAACAUUUGAAGACGUACCUGGUGCUCCAUCAAAUGUAUCAUUCCCCGAUGUAUCUGUUAGCUCAGCGCGAAUUAUUUGGGAUGUACCAGAAGAACCUAAUGGCGAAAUUUUAGCGUACAAAGUAACAUACCAUUUGGAUAGUGUAAAAACAAAUAAUAAGUUUUCAAAAGAGUUUCCACCAUCGGGAAGAACAUUCAGAUUUACUCAAUUAGAACCAGAAAAAUAUUAUUUAUUUUCGGUGACAGCUCAAACGAGAUUAGGAUGGGGGAAAACGGCUCAUGCAUUAGUUUAUACAACUAACAAUAGAGAUAUUCCUCAGCCACCAUCUAUGCCACAAAUCAGUAAAAGUCAAAUUCAAAGCCAUCAUAUCACUUUCAGUUGGACACCAGGUAGAGAUGGUUUUGCACCUUUACGCUACUACACUGUACAGAAGAUGGAAAAUUCUGGUCCCUGGCAAUCUUUACCGGAAAGGGUCGAUCCCCAAUUCAAUUCUUAUACAGUUUCUGAUUUAAAACCAUUUACGUUAUAUAGAUUCCGUAUACAAGCGACAAAUGAUAUAGGUCCAAGCCAGUUCAGUCCAGAAUCAAUUGAGGUUAGGACAUAUUCGGCUGCUCCUAGCAAAGGCGUAAAUGGUUUGAAAGUAAUUCCAAUAACCACAACUAGUGUGGAGGUAUCUUGGGAACCUAUAGAAGAACAAUACUGGAGUGGUGACAGCAAAACUGGGGGUUAUAGAGUAGUAUUUCAACCAGUUUCUGACUUUCCCACUGCUCUUCAAGCAACGCCUAAAGAAGAAGUAAUGGGAAUUAAUGCGAAUAAAAUGGUUUUAAGUGAAUUAUUACAAGACAGAAACUAUGAAAUAGUAGUUAUACCAUUUAAUGCACAAGGUGAAGGUCCAGUCAGUCCUCCUUGCACGGUAUAUGUGGGAGAAGCAGUACCAACUGGGGAACCCAGGGGGCUACAAGGGGAACCAGUUUCUUCUACAGAAGUCAGAUUAAGAUGGAAAGCGCCGCAACAACAUAUGCAAAAUGGAGAAUUAUUGGGUUAUAAGAUAUUUUACAUUGUUCUCAACUCUCCACAAGAACUAGACGAAGGGAAAAAAUUAGAAGAAGAAAUCGAAGUAGUUCCAGCAUCAACCACUACGCACAGUUUAGUUUUCCUCGAUAAAUAUACCGAAUAUAAAAUUCAAGUAUUAGCCUUCAAUCCAGCUGGUGACGGACCCAGAACACAACCAAUAAGGGUGAAAACUCUUCAAGAUUUACCAAGUGCUCCCACUAAUUUAACAUUUUCUGAAAUAACUAUGAAUAGCUUAAUUGUUUCCUGGAAUCCACCGAGAAAACGAAAUGGGGAUAUUGUUAGCUACAUUGUCACAUAUGAAACUGCAGAAGAAAAUGAACGUUACAGUAAACAAGUAAAACAAAAAGUUACCACAACGUAUCUACAAGUUCAAAGUUUGGAAGAAGAAGUUACGUAUACGUUCAAAGUGAAGGCGCAAACAAUCGAUUACGGUCCUCCUGUUGCGAGUAACAUCACAACAGGACCACAAGAAGGAUCGCCUAGCACUCCAAAGGAACUGAGUUUGGUGAAAACUUUAUCAAGUAUCGAAAUGAGAUGGUUCAACGGACCCACUGGGAAAGGUCCCAUACUAGGAUAUUAUAUAGAAUCCAGAAAAAAAGAUGACAUGAGGUGGCAAACUGUUACUAAAACUACAAACGGACCUCUUCAAGAGUUUACGGUACUAUAUCAGAGCCUUUUGCCAUCAACUUCUUACAAAUUCAGAGUAAUUCCCUAUAAUAAAUUUGGAAUAAGUUAUCCUGCAUAUUCAGAUGAAUCCGUCUUAACACCAUCAAAACUGUAUAUGGAAUACGGAUAUUUGCAGCAUACUCCAUUUUACAGACAGACUUGGUUCAUGGUCGCUUUGGCAGCUACUUCUAUUAUCAUUAUUAUCAUGAUAAUAGCUAUUUUAUGUGUAAAAAGCAAAAGUUACAAAUAUAAACAAGAAGCUCAGAAAACUCUUGAAGAAUCCAUGGCUAUGUCAAUCGGCGAUCAUCAGGAACUUUCAAUGGACUAUUACCGUUCCCGUAACGGUAAUGCCAGUAACAACAGUCUUUCAAAUCUCAACAAAAAAGGUACAUUAUCACGUAAACCCCUCCAACAUCAGCCUCCGCCUGUAGUUGGUAAAUCUCCCCCUAGACCCUCCCCUGCAUCUGUACCAUAUAAUUCGGAUGAAGAGAGUUUGAAAGGCUACGACGAAAAUCCUGAUGACAGUAGUGUCACUGAGAAACCUUCCGAGAUGAGUUCUUCAGAUUCUCAGGGCUCAGAGAGUGAGAAUGAAAGCAUUCGUUCCGAUCCCCAUUCUUUCGUCAAUCACUAUGCAAACGUCAACGAUACAUUACGACAAUCAUGGAAACGUCAAAAACCUGUACGGAAUUAUUCCAGUUACACCGAUUCGGAACCCGAAGGAAGUGCUGUAGUCAGCCUCAACGGAGGUCAAAUUAUCAUGAAUAAUAUGGCCAGAUCAAGAGCGCCUCUACCAGGUUUUUCAUCGUUUGUGUAAUAAAAUUAUUGAAAGCGUGUCAUAAUAUUUCGGUAGCUGAAAAUUUGAUAAUAUUUUGAAUUGAAAUGUGAGAAAUGGCGGCAUGUUUACAACAAAAUUUUCUUUCUUUUUUUUCUAUGGUAUAGCAAUAACUUUUAUCCGAUACAAGUAUGUUGCCCCAAUGUACUUACGAAUGUUUUUAUAUGUUUUCAUUCAGUUCCCAUAAAUGAAUUCAACGAUAUUUGUAUACAAAUCUUACCAAAUUUCUAUAAAAUCAACAAAUAAAGUCCUAAUUUUUUAUUAACUAAACUACGGUGUGCAAACUAUGUGCAUAUUAAUUAGUUCCAUGCAAAUACUUUACUAUGACGAGUCUCUAUGAUUAUUCUAAUCACUUUCUUUCCUCCUGGCCUCAUCGUUUUUUAUAAAUUUCUACCUUGGUUUUCCUUGCUACUAACUCAUCUUUAAGGAAAGCUUGGUUUGUUAUCAAGACCCAGCUCAGAAAAACCCGACUGGGAUUUUUUGAGCUGCGUUUAUUCCACUGUUAAAAGUGGGUUUUUGCUAAAAAUUAUUUCUGAAUCAGUAAAUUCCAUCUAUAAUAUCUUGAAAUACUAUUUUACCUUUUCAGACGAAAACCUUGAUGGUUUCUUUUAUUAGAAUUAAAUAAACAAUAGUCAUAUAUGAGGUACUCAGGUGAUAGUUUAUUUAAGAAUAUUUGAGGCGCCUAGAAUCAAAAUCCGCCAAGUUUAUCUCAAGAAAUUUUCGGAAAAGUUGAAAAAACUGACCAAUCAUACGAAAUUAUUAAUUUUCUUACCAAAAAAUCAAUAAUUUUUACUUUAUAACAGAGACAAUGUAUGAUCGCGAUCCCCAAAAUAGUUUCAUAAAUAACAGGUAUCCGCCGGGAAGGUAUACUACUUUGUUUGUUUAUAAUUUUUGAUUAUACGAGGAUGGAUCUUAAAUAGGUAAAUAUUUUAUUUAAUGUCAUCAAUGGAAUUCAAUAUCAGAUAAAUGUCCGCCUCUGUUAGCCUCACAAAUGCGAGCCCUUUUGAGCACAAUAGUAUUUUUAUGAUAAAGGCAGAAUCAAGCUUUUUUUGAAAUAAUUAAUAAAAAUAUUAUUAAUCAUAUUUUAGUUCUUCAUCCCCACUAAAACUACUCUCUAGAAAAUUGGAAUAUUAUUAUUCCUGAUAAUAAUGUCAAACGCAUUUCUUAUAUCUAGUAUAUAUCCAUUUGUCUCUUAGCUUUCUUGCAUCUCGGGAUGUGUUUCCAUAUUUCUCACAGUCAGGUGUACUGUCAACGUGAUCUUAUUUUCAGGUCUCUCGGUUUUUCGAUGUGUCCAUUUCACCAGUAGGGGAGUUAAUUUCGUCUGUUUCUUAUAGCUUUUGAGCUAUCCGUAACUGCUUUUUUAAAUUCUUCUCAAAAGUCUUUAAUUCUUUUGUCUUUUUUUUAUCUAGUGAGAUUCAAAUUUUGUUGCAUAUGCUGUUUCAUCGAAUUUAUUAAAGUAGAUAUUAAUUUUGUCUGAUUCUUAUAGCUUUUUAGCUAUCUGUAACUGCGUUUUGAACUUCUUCGCAGAAGUCUUUAAUUCUUGUGUGUUUUUUAUCUAGUGAGAUUCAAAUUUUUUUGCAUAUGCUGUUUCAUCGAAUAUAUUAGAGUAGAUGUAAUAACUUGAAUUUUUUUCCUUUAUGUCUGCAAUCUCAUAGCUAAAAUGUUUAUAUAGUAUGAAAACUUCUUAUAAUAUAGGUACACCAGGCUUCAAUUACUUUUUUUGAUAUUUUGCUUAUUGUUAACGUUAUGUCAAUAUGUUUGUUUUGUUUCCCCAUUGUUCAAACAAAUCAAAUUCAGUUCUGCUAUCCGUUGUUUGACCCAUAUUUAGACUAAGCGAUUUAUGGAAACUAAAUGAAAUUAUCAUUAUCAAAUUUCUUCGUUAAAAGCAGUAUAUUCUAAAACAAUGCUUUUCGAUAUAUGUAAAUUAUAAACAUGUCGUUUUUAUACUGUUUCCUUAUACUUGAAUUUAUUUUGUUGGGAAUGUAUUCAAUUAUAAUCGUGUCAGUAUUCCUUAGUAAUCAUUGUGAUCUAAUUACUUAGCUAAUCUUAGUUUUUAAAGUAUGUAUGUAUAAAGUAUGUAGUUGUACAAGAAAACACGGAUUAUUGAUCUGUUUUUCAAUUACUAUUUUGAUGGAAACAAUCUCAAUAAUCAAACUUUUAAUUUCCACAGUAUAUUGAAAAACAGUUUCUCGUGGUGCAAUUCCUGUUACAAUUUUUUUAAGCGAAAUAAGUAAUUUUUGGACCAAAUAGGCAGUUAUUAAGUGAUGCGAUCUCCUAUUGAGAUAAUUUUAUUUUUAGUCUUUAGAAAUAUUAUCAAAUUUUCGAAUUUUUAUUAGUAAUUCUACAAGACUUGAACGUUAAUUAAAAUAUUAGGAACUAAUUACACCUUGUAAAUAUCACUUUUUAUUGCUAGGAAAAUAAAAUUGUUACUCUUUUUACAACUUUCAAAACAAAUUAUAUUGUAAAUAUAUCACCACUUAGUUAUAUGUACCAGUCUUUCUAAUGAAUGUUCCUAAUAGUGUUCAAAAUUACUAUUUUUUUUUAUAUUUCUUAUUUGCAUUAAUACAUACAUCGAUUAAUGAGUGCUCCAAGCUAAAUUUAGUUUCAUUCCUCAAGAGUGAUACAACGAUUUAAUCUGCAUAUAGAGCCGCUCCUUAUUGAUUUUCUUUUCAAUCAGUUCAGUAAUAUACAGUAAUACUCACUAAUAAUUGUUGCUA